AAAGCAUUUAGACUGUUUCUGCCAGUCGUCAUGAAUAGUUCGUCAUUUGUCAUGAUCUUUUUGUCACCUGUGUCUGAACUGAUACAGCCAAAACGCAUUUCUCAAGUGAAACGAGUCUGUAAAUUUCCGGGAUACUACUACUACUACUACUACUAUUAUGAUGUUGGUUGGAGAUCCAAUUUAUUUGUAAUUGCAUUACAAAAUAGGAGGCGUAGACUUGAUCCAAGCAAAGGCUGGCUAUAGCUGCAGCUCCGGCUCAGACUAGUACCGGUACCGUACAGUGCAGUGGAAAACGAGUUGUCCGCACGGCCGGGGAGCUUCCGGGCAGUUAUGUCAAGAAUUUUUUUUGAACUAAGUUGAAGACAACCUGUCAUUUUCAUUACAGUUAUGUGCCUUUGUCAUUUUAAACUAAUACUGGAUAAUACAAGAUCACGAAGAGAGGAUUAAACAUGUCAUCAUCGUGUGUCUACCGUAAGCCGAGGCUGUCGAAUCGGGCUUACAGAGAUAUCUAUGCAAUUCCUGUGUUCAUCAUGUUCGUAUGGACCACCUGUGUCUGUUUAUGUGUGAUGGGGCAGUUACCGGUUGAUUCCACCACGGCGAGUCGGGCGUCAGUAACUUCAAAGAAAGGGGGUGGAGGCAAUUCCCCAUUGGUGGAUAGAUCGUUUGAAUACCCAGAAUGUAGCACCAAAGAUGUUGCAUGUAUUGAGGAACAUAGAGAGAAGGACAGACUGGGUAAGGAGGCUAUCAUGAUGCUUCAUAGGCAGAUGGAUGAUGACCAUGAUGGUGAUGUAGAACCAUCAGAAAGCGAUGAGUUUUUGAGAGAUGAGCUGAAAUAUGUGGAUGACUUUGAGAGACACUCACAACUUCAUCGGAAUGAUAAAGAGAUCAGUGCAGAAGAAUUGUGGAAAAGCUGGAAGUAUUCAGAAGUUUAUAACUGGACUGUCGAUAAAACUGCCAAGUGGUUAGAAGAUUCAGUAGAUCUACCACAGUAUGCAGAACGUUUUCAAAACAAUGGAAUAGAAGGAUCAGCUUUACCAAGGUUAGCUGCCAACUCCCAUCAAUUCAUGUCCACCAUUUUGGGGAUUACCGAUCCCCUCCACCGCCAGAAGAUAUCCGUCAAAGCCAUGGAUGUUGUCCUGUUCGGCCCGCCAAAAGCACUUCAUAAUUAUCUGAAGGAUUGGUUAUUGGUCAUCUCACUGGUCGUAGCUUUAGGAGGAUGUUGGUUUGCCUUCAUCCAGCACCGCUACUCUCAGAGCCAUGUCAAACAGCUACUGAGGGAGAUGGAGACUCUGUCAAGUGCAGAAGAGUCACUCAAAGAACUCCAGGAAAAAUUAAAUCUUGCCCAAGAGGAACACAAGAGUGCUGUGCGAGAGAAGCAGUCUAUUGAGAAGCAAUUAACGGAUGAGAUAGAACUAGCAAAGACUGAGGCAAGGAGAUUAGAAAGAGAAAGAAUAGGAGAUGACACAGAUGGAAGUUCAGAUUUAGCCACCAAACUCAGACUUGCUGAAGAAGAACUGUUUCAGGUAAGAAGUGCGUUGGACGAAGCAGAGCGGAGGCUUAGUGAGGAGAUCAACUGGUCUGCUCCCAUGACUCUCCAGCAAUGGCUCCAGCUCACGUACGAGAUUGAGUACCGGUACUACGUCUCCAAGCGAGUCGCUGCGGCCAAACAACUCCAGGAGGCCAAGGAAGAAUGUGAGAAAUUACGAAGGAAAAGGGCCUCUCUGAUUGGCUCAUUUAAGAUAGCCCAUGGAACGUCACUUGAUGCUGUCGAUCAGAGGAUUGUUUCUGCAAGGUCUGCCCUCCAUGAGGUUACAGCUGAGUUAAAAGAACGCACUCAUCGUUGGAAUCAGAUCGAGUCCCUGUGCCAGUUUGCCAUCAUGAACAACCCCGGAUUCCAGAUACUCAUGGCAUCCAUGGGUGGGAUCACUAAUGGUACCGACCUUACAGGGGGGCAGAGUCCUGAAAAAGACGCCCCUCCACCACAAAUGCCUGGUUCCCUACCUGGUUCUGGAUCUGUAGUUGGUAGCAUGGCUCAUAUGGCUGAGUACAAUCCCCCGAUGGGUCUAGAUGAAUGUGAAGAGAAUAUACCACCCAUUCCACAACAGCCUUCCUUUGGGUCUGCUAAACAAGCCUUGCCUAUGCCACGUAACACUAGCCAGGAGUUCCGACGCAUUGCCCACCAGCAACGCUCCCAGAGUCAGCAGAGCCUAGGUUCCUUAUCAGGUUCUCAGGUCAUUCACAGGACACACUACCAACAGCCACCACAGCAGCAACAAGCACAGAUCGUUCAGCAGCAACAGUUUGGAGCCGGUAGCAGCGCUGCCACUGGACCAGGGCAUAGUGUCAAUGGCAAUGGCAAUGCAUCGGGUAGCAGUGGAUCCAAGUACAUCUUAGGAGGAGAUAGCACUUUUGAAAGGAUGUCCUCCCAGGAGUCAUCUGGUUCGUUGCUUAGCAAUGCAUCAUCUGCCAGCCAGCAUUCCAGCCAGCAGGGAGCAACGUCAUCACAUCCGCCAUCAUCAUCCUUUCCAACAUCCCCAUCACAAGAUCAGCUAAAAAAGAUGGGAAUGGUGUCGUCAAAAGAUGAAGAUAAUGUUUCAUCAAGUGAGGGCGAUCCAACAGAAGGGAGUAAAAAGAAGUCUCGGUUACGUCUCCUACGGAAGAGCAAUAAGCAAGAUAAGGUUAAGACUAGUUGAUGGCUGCCCAGCAUGGAUAUCAGCACAUGGGACUAUAAUGUUUGUGUUAUGUCCAACCUGGUUUUGAACAUUUGGGACCCUACUCUGCAUACAUGUGUCCAGUACAAUUUUCAGUACAUGGUCAUGUAUUGCCUGCACAGCAACCAUAUAGUCUGACUGAAAAUGGAUGUUGACCCAGUAAAGUUCUUGUGCUGAAUGCUAACAUGGAUGAGACUGCAAGGGACUACAUGUGGAAAUUUUCUUGUUACAUACACUGAGUAUCUACAUAUACCUGUAUGUACGCAGUUAGGCAUGGCUUCCAGCCUGGAUUUUGGUUCUUUCUCAACAUGAUUAUGAAAAUCGUUGGAAGAACAACUAGAGCAAGAUAUUUGAUCAAGGCAAAAUGGCUAGAUCUCAGAUCAAAUAGAAAAGGUCAAAAUGAUACUAGCUGCCUGCUUGUAAAAAUAUGUCGACUGUAUCAAAGAAAAUUUCAAAUUAAUAAAUUCUUGUCACAUUUCAUAUUUUGGUUUAUUAUUCGACACCAGCCAUAGUAGAUUUUGUAUUAGGGAUAGAUAAUACAUGUAGCUAUUUGCAUAUUACUUUCAUUGUACCAAUACAAUAUCUUUAAUGAAAUAGUACCUCACUUUUAGAUUGUCCUUUGAUCAUUUCUUUUUCUUUCAAAAUUUUGCACUAGGCGCACAUUGGACGCAUAACUUUGACAUGAUGUACAUAACCUGUUUACAUCUAUUUGCACAAUGUUUUGAUUAAAAUCACAUAUCCAUUCUCUAUUUCUAUGUUAUGUAUACCACUGCAUAGUAAGUACAUGCACAUCCAAUAUGCUUUGAAUAAUGUGGCACAAUGUGGAAUAUUAUUGAAAUUUCAAUGAAAUUUCUCCUGUGUCAUAUAACAUUAGAUAGCUUGUAGAACAUAUACUGCAUAUUAACAACUCAUAUUGGCUAAACAUAAUUAUACUUGGUAGUUUUUUUUAAAGGAAUGAUAAAAAACUAUGUAUGGAUAUAACUGGAGGAAUAAACUUUUUAAAAGCACAUUUUGACCAUCUGGGAGAUAAGGUUUGUGUCUAAACAGGUAAAUCAAUAUGGUUUUGCUGCUAGUCCCUUGUACUGCUUCUCUUGAUUCCACAUCAAACGACUUUGGUAGAAAUGUACAAUGUCGGACUGUUGUAAUCAGCACAGCAGAGAGUGGGGAGGGGUCAUUUCAUAAAGUUGUCCAUAAAAUUAUGCAUGACUUUUUACAAAUGACAGGACUACAUGUAUGUAGUGCCAAAGUAUGGACCUAUGAUUUCUCACAAGAUAAUUAUCAAGGCAACAAUAUGCUUUCAUCUGAAAUGUGUUUGUACAGUAACAGUUUUAUCAUCAUCGGCAUACUCCAGUUGCGGCUAAUGCAAUUGAGACAAACGGCUUGCCAUGGGCCUGUUCCAGUCAUUGAUAAUGCUGUGCAUAACAUUGCAAUCAGCUUUUUGAAACAGAUGACUUAGUCAUGAAAAGGAACCUUUGGAUUAGAAAUAUGGAGAGAGACAAGAGACUGAAAUUAAGGAUUGGUAGGGAAGGAACCCCCUUUUAAUACCAGAUAGUUCUUGUCCCAUUUAUGGUGCUCAUUCUCUGCUAUUAUGUUGUAAAGAGAUAUCCACCAAGAAAAAAAAAACCUUAAUGGGUGUACGCUUUUGCACAUAGCUUGAAAACAGUAGUCUGAAGGAAUUUUAAAGAAAAUGCAUGCAAGAAUGUCGAGCACUAAAUUCAUGCAUUCAGAUCACAUGUAGAAGCAUUGAGAAAGAGGAUGCCUUAUAUUUAAUCAAAGUACUCUUAUUUCAGCAAUAUUAAAUAUGUCAAAGUGUUUGGUUGAUAAUGUGUGGAAAAUCCAGAGUAUAUGAUAUGUUGUUAUCCCUUUUUAUCCCCUCCUAAUGAUUCAUAUUAAGGAAAAUUUACAUUCAUUUAUGACUUUGUUUGACCAGCUAACCACUGAAUUCUUAAAUUCACACUGUGAUUCGCAUUGUAGUCAUCUGGGCCAGUAUUUGAACACCAUUUAUCUUAUCUUCAUUAUUGUCAUUGUUGUUGUCAUGUCAGAACAUAUUUUGAAGGCUUGUGAUUUCAAAUCAUUGAUUUGUCCAAGAAUAACAUGCACAAAAUUGUGCCCAUGGACCAGGCGGGUGUUUCAUAAAGCUGUUCCUAAGUUUAGAGCAACUUGAAAAAUGACUGGUGAACCUUUCUUACUCUCUAAUCAUCAGUGAACAUUCAAUGGUGAAUAUAGUUUACCAGAAGAAAGGAUCACUAGUCGUUCUUAAAGUCACUCUUAACUUACAAACAGCUUUAUGAAAUGCGGCCCCAAGUACACAAUUGUGCUAUAUGACAUACCUAAUUCUGAUCACUCUGAUCAAAUUAAAGAUAACAUAAUUUUCAGAUACCAGUGCUAGUUUCAGUGGGCAACAGUAAAAGAUCAUAUUCAUGAUAUACACUGUGCAGUAGUUCUUUAGUAUUUUGUUGUUUUCAUAUAUGUAGACAGUACAUUAACUGAAAUAUAUUUAGGUUCAUUUGUAGGUAUAUCAGAGAGAAAUGUAGACUUAUGACGGCUGAUAAGCUUUUGAGUGUUAUAAUGACAGAAUUAUUUCAAAAGCAAUUAAAAAAUGAUUGUAUAAUACUGGUGGUACAUAUAUUCAUUUUAGUUCCUUCUAGAAUUGGCGUAAAUUGGUUUAUUGUAAUGGAUAAGAAGGUAAAAAUAAUUAUAAUUGAUACAUAUAAAUGUAUUAGUUGGCUUCAUCAAUUUACAUUCAACUGCAACACAAUGAGUGUGUUAAUGCAUGUAAAUUGAGCCCAUUUCUUUUAUUUGUUUAACUAUUUAGUAUAUUGGUAUGUGGUUAGGUUUAUUGGAUAUUUACCAAUUGCUAAUUUUUAAGAAUGGACUUGUUGCUGGAAUAUUUCAUUUAUCUCUGAUUUCAUGAUGUACCGGUAUUUUUUCUUCUAAAGUUCAUUUUCAUGUUGAUUUCUAUCUGUCAUAAACAUUCCUGUAGAUCGGGAUUAGAGACAUUUAUUCUUUCAUCAUUCUUGCUUUAAUAUGUUGUGAAAAGGGCACCAUGAUGCAUUUGCUAUUGUGUGAUUAGAUAUGUACUUGUAAACUUAAUAAGAGUAAGUGUGAUGGCUAUAUGCUCAAAUAACAGACUAGUUUUGUUAAUUGUCAUCCAAAGACGUUGUGGUAAUAGGAUAUGUUAGAAGAAGAUUGGCAGAUAUGUAAUUCAACUUUGAACAUCAGAAAAAUAAAUGGUUACAUGAUCAACAAAGUUAUCAUUUCGAAGACUUAGAAAGAGAUUUGUUUGAUUAACUACACAUUAGUAACAAAUAUUUCAGUAUAUACAUGAUUUACAGUAUGUAUAUUUGAAUGCUUCAUUUCAUUUUAAACAAAUGAUUAUGCUAUAUAUAUUCAGCAUCACUGCUGUUUUAAAUAUUGUGAGGUGUAUGUAGUGAACAAGUGUUGAAUAUUUGAGUUGUGUUUUGUUUUAUUUAUAUUUGAACGUUUUAUGUUCUGUUAUACGAAUGAUUAUGUCAUAUGUAUUGAAGCGUCGCUGCUGAUUUUAUUAUUGUGAGGUUUAACAAAUCGUUGACUCUUAUUUUAUUUUCAUAAUUUGCAUUUACAUUUGUGCAUUCCGAUUGAAGUGUUAUUUGUUUUCUAAUUUUAUUUUUCUUAAGUAUUUGUGCGUAUGUACUUUGUGUGAAGAUGAUGCUUAACUAACGAACAAAUUACGACAGAGUAUUAGAAACUGGAUGAAUAAUCCUGGAAAUAGUUUUUUGUUGGUGAAGUACGUUAAAAUAACUGCUGUGCGGUUUCAGUUUUUAAAAGAUUUUCUAAAAUGAUAUAUAUAAGUUGAUUAUUUUAUGACAACAAUGAUGGAAGUGCCUUGUAUUAUUAGCAGUAGAAUGAUGAAAUAAUUUAAUUUACCUCAUAUAGCAUAAACUGAUUGCAGUUUGCAGAAAGGGUUCCAUUUUUAAUAUCAUAAUCUUUCUUUGUGCUAUACAUCUGGAUUCUGUAAUGAUUUGUCAUUUAUGGUAGUAUAAACAGACUUUUCAUGAGACCAUAACAGUCAAAAUGGGCUGAUUUUUAUGUAGGGAUCUGUAGAAGUGCGAGUGAAACAAAUAUGACAGGUUUCUAGCUUUUAAGGUCCAACGAUUCUUACAUUUAAUUUUAUAUUGUCUUAAGUUAAACCGUUUCUGACUGCGGACCGCUACAGAUUGCCAUUUAUUUACUUUAUUUUGACUUAUUUCUCAUUCUGUAAGGCCAAACUCGCAUGAUGAUCUAUCUCUUAGGACAUGUCAUGUUUCCAUACCUAGUCACAUGGUCUACGGCCAGUCAUUGACCAAAUAUUUCAAAAACUUCUGCCUUUUUUUAGACAGUGAGAAUCUAAUGCUUUUAAUCUUUAAAGGCUUUCUUUUAUUGGUUGCACAAAAAAGUGCAAGAUUAUGAAAAAUUGCCAAGUGUUUAUAAGUUGCUUAAUUCUCAAUCAUAGAUUUAAUGUUCAAGGUGACAUCUUUUGAAAAUUUAAUCUGAAUAAUGUAACUAUCCUUAAUAUAUAAUCAGCUUAACUUCUGAUAUGACUUGUAGAAGGUUUUCUUAUUUUGUUGGUUCAAUUUUGUUCAAACCGAUAUGCUUAUCAUUAUUUUCACUCUUUUUAAAAGUAUUUUGAAAUGUAAAACUUUGGAUAUUCCAUGAAGACAUCAAUUUUUUGGGGGGCAACACAUUAACUCUAAUUUGCCAUCCUCAUCCCGGGGUUAAGCUGUUGGUUGUCUGACAAAGAAUUAGUCCUUAUAAUACCUGAGCACCAUAAUGACUGUCAUGCUAAAGCUUGGGCAAGAUUACAGAAGAGCACAAGAAGAUAGCACCAAAAAAGAACCAUUAUAAAUUUUGUAAUCCCUAUAUUAUGAUGAUAGGAAGUACCUAGUCAUGUGAUUGCCUAUGAUUAACUUUAAGGCUAGUGUUAUUUGAAAGCAAAUAAAUCAUUCCAUGUGUGUAUUUUAUUUGUCAAGUUUGUAAAGUCGAUUCAGUUUAAUAUGUCUUUAAUCUGUUCUUUUUUAACAAUCAUGAUAUGAUGUUUAUGAAUACUGUAGGGGAAAGGGUAUUUUAAAUCAAGGAAGGUAGCUGCAAAUAGACAUAAUUUUGAUAACUUGCCAUUAUUCCACAACAAAAAUGGAAGCAUACGUAGUCAUGAAGGUAAAUUUCAUAGAAUUUGCUUGAGGUGGCCUUAAAUUCAAUGUAGUGUUUAUUACAAUUGAAUUGUAUAGUGAUACCAUGAUACAUAUAUCGGGACAAGAUUAUGUCUUUGCCAGGUAUCUUGUAUUUAAUGAAUAUGAAGAAAAGCAGUUAAUAGUUUACCCAGUUGGUAAGAUAAUGGGUUACACUUCGUAAUUCCGAAGGUUCGUAAUUCCGAAACACGUAAAUUGCCUAUACCUCGAUGUUCGUUAAUCCGAAAACGUAAAAGGGUUCGUUAAUCCGAACAUUUGUGGCGUUAUUCCGAAGGUUCGUUAUUCCGAAGGUUCGUUAUUCCGAAGGUUCGAUAAAACGAAAUAAGGUUCGAUAAUCCGAAGGUUCGUUAAUCCGAAAACGAAAUAAGGUUCGUUGUUCCGAAGGUUCGUUAAUCCGAAAACGAAAUAAGGUUCGUUGUUCCGAAGGUUUGUUAGUCCGAAAACGAAAUUAUAUUCGUUAAUCAUUUCGUUUUCGGACUAACGAACCUUCGGAAUUACGAACCUCAUUUCGUUUUCGGAUUAACGAACCUUCGGAAUUACGAACCUCACUUCGUUUUCAGACUAACGAACCUUCGGAAUUACGAACCUUCGGAAUAUCCAAACCUUCGGAAUAACGAAGCUUCGGAAUUACGAAUGUAUGCGAGAUAAUGUAUUCCAUGAGUAACUUAGUAUUUAUGUGUCAGUAGCACAAUGUUUAAUAGGAUACAAAGAAAAUGCUCAUUGAAAUUUGGGUCUUUAAAACAGGCAGUAAUUGCAAUAUCUUGGUAAUAUAUUGUUUGGGUAAUUUAAUGGAUUUCAAAUGAAAUGUGAACCAUACUUGGUUAGAGAAUAAAGAAUUUUUUAAUGGAUAUUAAUUCCCUUGUUCAGCAUAUAGUCAUUUAGAAUUAUCCUAUCUUAUUAUGAUUUUAGUCAAGAGUAAUAGGUGCUAUCUAAGGGUACUUUAUAUUCAAGCGAUAUAAAGAAGAUAAACAUCUUGUCUAUCAUCUCUAUGCCUUGGAGGAUGAAUUUUGAUUAAUACAAUUAAAUUGCAAAACAGCA